AUGGCGUCGAGGAAUCGCACUUUGCUGUUCAGAAAGCAUAGAGAUGCAUUGAAGAGUGUUCGGGUUCCGUCCACCUCUUCGCCGUCGUCAACCACCACUUCCCGCGGUGGCCCCGUCAUCGAAUUGGUCAGCACCUCCCUUCUCAAUCCAAGUCGCUCUUACGCUCCGCUUAGUACCGACGAUCCCGGUAAUUCAAGUAAGGGUCUAAAUCCAAUUACUGUGGGGCUACCUCCAGCGUGGGUGGAUGUGUCUGAAGAAAUAUCAGCAAAUGUGCAACGUGCACGCACAAAGAUGGCAGAGUUGGCCAAGACUCAUGCAAAGGCUUUAAUGCCAUCAUUUGGAGAUGGUAAGGAAGACCAACAUGCUAUUGAGUCGCUAACUCACGAGAUAACUGACUUAAUAAAGAGAUCAGAGAGGAGAUUGCGGAGACUAUCUGCUACUGGGCCAUCUGAGGAUUCCAAUGUCAUGAAAAAUGUGCAGCGUUCUCUUGCUACUGACCUUCAGAAUCUCUCUGUAGAGCUCCGCAAGAAACAAUCAACUUAUUUGAAGCGCCUCAGGCAGCAAAAAGAGGGUCAAGAUGGGGUUGAUCUAGAGAUGAACAUAAAUGGACGUAAAUCCAGAUUUGAAGAUGAUGACUUGGAUAGUAUGGUAUUUAAUGAGCAUCAGAUGGCUAAGCUGAAAAAAAGUGAAGCAUUCACAGUAGAAAGAGAAAAGGAGAUCCAACAGGUUGUGGAAUCUGUGAACGAGCUUGCUCAGAUUAUGAAGGAUUUAUCAGUACUAGUCAUAGACCAGGGAACCAUUGUUGACAGAAUAGACUACAACAUUCAGAAUGUCGCUACCACAGUUGAGGAUGGCCUUAAACAGCUGCAGAAGGCAGAGAGAACUCAGAAAAAGGGGGGCAUUGUAACGUGUGCUACGGUGCUUCUUAUCAUGUGCUUCGUUAUGUUGGUUCUCUUAAUCAUUAAGGAAAUUAUUUUGUGAACCAUGGUGAUAUUCGAUUUUUUUAUAAUAUUUUGGUCACAUCUCGUUAAUGUGACCUUUCCAUUGACACACUGUCUCCUGCCUGCUCGGACAUAUUAAUGCAGCCUUAGAGAAGACCAAGGAGUUUUGGAGCAGCCAAACCAUAUGUUCUGGAUGGAGACACCAUAUUGAUUCUCUUGCAAUUUUUUAUUUUUUUGCCACUGGGGAGGUAGGGCGGAGUAGGUGUAUUAGAGGCAUAAGAGAUUAAGAGCUUUAGUGGUUGGUGUGGUAUAGUAGAAAAGUAUACAUAAGGCCACAAAAUGUAUAGAGCGGUUGUAUGAACCUCUACUUAAACAUUAUCUGUCUGCGGAAUAGGUGCUGAGCUCUUUGAUGCUUUUUUUUUGGGGGGUUUAUAUAUCUCUCGGAGAGAAUUGUGUCUUCUGCUGACACAAAACAUAGGUGAGUCUUAUCUCUGUUUUUUUUCUCUUUUCUCCUGUUUAUGGGUCCCAUUUGAGUUUUGUGUUUGCUAUAUGAGACAAUUCUUUUUGUGUAGUAGGAGAAAUAUUUAAACCUUUUUUUUUUUUUUGUUGGACAUUUUAUCUCUUCCCCCCUCAUGCUUCCUGCAUUUA